CCGGCCGAGCGUCAGUAGCUUCCACCCUGAGAUUGAAGGCAGAGAAUCCGGAGGAAGAGGAGGAAUUUAUGAUGGCAUGGCUCUGCCAGACCACUUUCUGGGACAGUACUAUACUCAGAAGCUAAACAAUGGAAACAAGAACCUUGCAGUGAAGAACAGUCUGUUGGUUUAUGACUAUGAAGGCCAGGGUUCCUCUGCUGGUUCAGUGGGAUGCUGCAGCCUCCUGGAGUCUGAUGAUGACCUGCAUUUCCUUGAUGACCUUGGACUAAAGUUUAAGACCCUGGCUGAGGUGUGCGUAGGCAAGCCAAUUCUAACUGAAGUUAAACAAGUGUUAACUCCUUUGCCUAGUGCCGCCAUCAACACACAGACCUCAGUAUCAAGUUUCGUGACUGAACCACAGCUGCCCCUUCCAACCCAACUGCGGCCAUCUGUCUCCAACAUAGAACAGACGGUGAUCAGGGAUAUAUCUGAGCGUUCAGAUCAGAUGAUCAAGGAGAGCAUGGCCACAGAGAGAGGAGAGAUGGCAAAUCAAGAUCAGAUGCUUUUGGUACAGCAGCAGCAGCAGCAGCCUGUGUACUACACCACAACUCCAGUGCUGCAGCCGAUGCACUAUGUUGUCCAGCCACAGAUUCCAAACACUAUGCUACUAGCUGAGGCACCAGCCACCAACUUAAAGGGCAUGGUACUGGUUAACAGCACCCAGACUGGACCUGCCCCAGGUAUGGUUAUUCAGGGUCAGGUAGUAAUGUCUAGUGGACAGUACCAGGGCCCCUGCAUGAUGCUUGUGGAUAAUGGAAUCCAGGAAGACGGCACUGACCUAAUCUAUGCUGGAAACAUCUGUGGCUCCCAAACCAUGAUGGUUGAGGAGGACAAGGUCCCUGCAAAGUCGAUGAAAGUGGUGACAGGGAUCCAGACCUGCCACAUUCCGGGAGGUACUCGACAUUCAGGAGGGCUUUUGAGAUCUCAGAGAGGCCUGGUGGUUGGAGGGCCAACAAGCAAUGAAAGUCAGCUGGUCCAGGAGGCAGGAGGAGUGUCCGAAAAGUGUGACGUAUCUGGUUCUCAGAGAGUCCUCUGCAGCGAGAGCAGCAAAUCCUCUGGCUCUCAGAAUGUGGUGGGUUCCUCUAUCAUGUUGAGUGCAACUCCCACCUACCGCAAGAUGGUGGUCCAGCAGACCAGAGAAAUUCACUGAAGUGUGAUGUAAGAAAUGACAUGGAUAAAUGCAGCUCCAACUGUCACGGCAUUGUGUCAAGAAUUUUUAUGGGCAGCGCUCUGGAUGUGUAUGUCAGUUUAUUGGUGGAGGGUAUGCUACAGCAGCUUGUCCUAGGAAUUAAGCAACAUGUGCCUUCAUGUUCAAAGUAUAGCUUCAGCUUGACAUUGACGAUUGCAGUUAAACAACCUCUGUUUGAGGACAGGCAAAUGCUAGGCUUUUUGAUGACCCACACUUUGUGUUCAAUGUUAUAAGUAGACAUAAUGUUCAAAAAGAAAUUUGUGUAAUAACCUGACAGAGUAAGACACUAGAUGACACAAGCAGAGCUUAUUGUCCCCACAGAGCAACAUAUUGUUCCUAAUUAAAUUUAGAGAAACUAUGCAUAUCUCAAUUUACACAAAAACAUGGAAAACCAUAUCACUGGCUAUCUAGCCAACACUAGAAAGAAACAAUACUUUUGAACAGCUACAUUAAACAACUGACUGUCUGUUAUAUUUCCUUUUAUCAUCA